UUCAGCGUCCUUUUCUAUAAAUUGUCAUCUAAAAUGCUGAACUUGUAGAAUACGGAUUCAGCAUCCCUGUUAUUAAUGCUAUUGUUUUAUAUUUUGAGACGUUGUCGUUUACAAAUGUAAUAUGUCCAAAAGUUCGGACUUGCUGCUUCUAAAUGACAACUCAUAGAAAAUCAAUAAAGAAAAUAAAAAGGAUUGCAGAACCGGACAAAGAGAACAGGUGUUCGUUUCUCAAGGGGGAACAAAAACAUUACUGGAACAGAGUGGGUUAGAUAAACUGACGGGGAAAUUGGUGAUGACGGAACACGAUGGGUGUUGUUCAUAAGAACACAUAACAGAGUUGCCUAUGUUCAGGCCUUUGAAUUUUGCUGACACUUUUUGCUGUAUCCGCCCCUACCUACUUCUACCCGUUUCUACGAAAGAAGUUAUUGCACCGGAACUAUUACUUCAGUUUCAGUGCUGUGACAGGAAAUGCAGUUAUACUUUCUGAUAUUUCCAUCUUGUGUGCUUUGGGAGCAAUGAAAGAAUGGGGAACAAGGAACUAAGCUUUUUGAUUUGUUUUUAAAGUAACCUACUGGAUUGUUGGCGUUGGAAUUCACAUGGCAACAGCCAGCUCGCCUCCUGGCUCAUUGGAACCACAGCAGCCUGGAUUUCCAAAAGUGAUUGUAGAAGCAAAGCUAGAGGGAAAGUACCUUUGCUGUCACUGCGGCCUUAUUUUAAGGAAGCCAUACCAAGUGCAGUGUGGUCACCGUUAUUGUUCUUAUUGUUUAAGGACAAUUACAAGUAAUGGGCCUCGGACAUGUACUGCAUGUUUGCAAGAAGGUUCAUUUGGUGAAGAAUCCACAAUAGAUAUAACUUUGGCAUUUGCUGAUAAUGCAGCACGUAGAGAGGUGGAAAGUUUACCAGCUGUCUGCAGUAAUGAAGGGUGCACAUGGAAAGGCACGAUUAAAGAAUAUGAGAUUAAUCAUGAGGGAAAUUGUGAGCACAUGUUGGUUGUGUGCCCAGCUUGUAAAGGUAUGGUUAAGUUAAAUGAUAGAGACCGCCAUCUUGAACGUGUGUGUCCGGAAAGAACAUUAAGUUGUAAAUACUGCAAAAUUCUUUUCCACUUCCCUCAAAUCAAGGCUCAUGACGAUAUAUGUCCCAAGUUUCCAUUGGCCUGUGAGGGAUGUGGCAAGAAAAAGAUUCCAAGAGAGAAGUUUCCAGAUCAUAUAAGAUCAUGUGGAAAAUACAGACAGCCAUGCAAGUUCCAUGUCAUUGGUUGUGAAGCAAUAGUUGAAAAUGAAAAGAUGUUGGAACAUGAGCAGAUAGCUGUGAGUGAACACCUUCAGUUGAUGAUGAACUAUGUUUUAAGGAUGCAAAAUGUUACUCAUCAGAGCUUACAAGAUUUCAUCUACACUGAUCCCUCCAGUGCAAAGAAAGAGCAGUCAAUACAUUUGGACUCUGGCCUAACAUCACUACAAGGCAGAACUGAAGAGUCUGCAGUGAAUUUCGAACACAAAGAAUAUGCGGCCUCUUUAUUAGAACUGAAAAUGAAGUGUGAAAAUUUAGACCUUAAAAUUCCCACAUUGGAAAAUAUUGUGUGCGUCUUGAAUCGGGAAGUCGAAAGACUUUCACAAACACAUGAUGCAUUUAUUCAUCAGCACCGACUGGAAGUUGACAGGAUGCAGGUUUUUAUUAAUAAGGUGCACCAACUAGAGCGAGCUCUAGCUGCAAAAGACAAAAUCCUAAGAGAAACUGAAGAAAAAAUGCGCAAUAUGUACAGUGCUACAUAUGAUGGAGUUUUCAUCUGGAAAAUACAGGAUUUUAGCCAGAAGCGUCAAGAGGCCAUAGCAGGGCGUGCUCCUGCAAUGUUCUCUCCAGCAUUUUACACUAGCAAGUAUGGCUAUAAAAUGUGUCUUCGUAUUUACCUGAACGGUGAUGGAACAGGGCGUGGAACUCAUCUCUCUCUCUUUUUCGUAGUAAUGAAAGGACCGAGUGAUGCAUUACUGAAAUGGCCAUUUAAUCAAAAGGUUACAUUGAUGCUACUAGAUCAAAACAAUCGUGAGCACAUUAUAGAUGCUUUUAGGCCAGAUGUUACUUCAUCUUCGUUUCAGAGACCAGUCAGUGAUAUGAAUAUCGCAAGCGGCUGCCCUCUGUUUUGCCCACUUUCCAAACUGGAGUCAAAAAAUUCAUAUGUGCGAGAUGACACCAUUUUCAUCAAGGCCAUUGUUGAUUUAACUGGCAUUUAGAAACUGAUUCAGAACUCUAGUAUCGGAGAUGCCAGUGGCUUAGUAUUUCAAAUGAAAAAUUAAACAUGGAGAUUACUUUAACAUUCAGACAGGACUGAUACCUACUUUAGUUCCAGAUACUGGUAACAUGUUUGCAGUUGCACUUAUUAUGGUUUACUUAUUCCUUUGCCCAUUAUGGUCAGCUCCUCCACAUUUUAAGGUGAAAGGGUGGAAUUUCAUUUUUGUUUUGCUGCCCCCCGAAGUGCACCAUCUCUGAAGUUGUUGACGAAGUCGAUCAGUGUUUAUUUUGGAGUGAUAAAUCAUGUUCAGAAUGAUGCAACAUGUCUUCAUGGGGUAAUUGAUCACCACAGGUCACCACUGCAUCGUUUGUGUAGCCAUUAUUUUAGUUUUAUUUGGUAACCAGGUUUAAUCGACUUUUUUCAGCCUUGACCUGGACUGAUAAAUAAUACAGAAAUGCAGAAAAUGUAUUUAAAAUAUACGUUAGGGUAUAAUAGUCAUAAAGUAAGUGAUGCAGUGAAUAAUGCAAUUGAGAAGUGUUCAAGUCAUAGAAGUGACAAUUGUCUGUAAUGAUUUCUGAUGAUGUUUAGAAAGGAUCAGUCGAACAUAGUAGUUAGUAUAUCUGUAUUUAGUAGAAGAAGCAAGACUGUAUUAUGAAGAUGUGAAGAGGAAGUUGGAGGGGAUUGAGUUUUCAAGAGGUAAUGAUGUGAAGUAUUGUGAGGAGGACUACUAGCUACGUUUGAUUCAAAGGAUGUAUUUAGUUUGUUAGAAAAGAAUGUGAUGUAAAGGUCUGGUUAAUGUGGAUUAGUAACAGGGAAACACAAAAAGCAGCAUGAAUGAAAUGGGAAUGAGGAUAAGGAGGGGAUGAGUUUAUAGUUUGAAGUAAUUUGAAGAUAGUAGCUAUGCUAGAGAAGACCGUGAAAUAGAAUGUAGUGCAUUAGAAAAAAUUGUGAUGUAAACUUUGAUAUGUAGAGUUAAGAAUUGUGUUUGGAAGGCACCUUAGAGAACAGUAGAGUCAAGGAGACUAAUGUAGGAGUUUAAAGAUGAAAGAAAGUCUUGUGAUAUGAAAUCUACCCAGCAGCCAUAAAAUACCAGAAGGAGGUAUGGGAAGCUUUCCUGAGGUUACUUGACAAGUGGAGAGCUUACAGGGUGCUACUUCAGAGUUUGUAGUUGCAAAUCAUCAAAGGGUUUGCUAAGAACAUGAAAAUGAUGCAGAAGUAAUAAAGGAAAGUUCUUCCUCCAGUGCCCUGUGUUUCUGCAGGAGUGUCAGAAGCUUAUUUGUAUUCCCAGUCACUUUGACCUGCAUUUGGCACUUGAUGAGAGAGAGACUGUGAAGUCAACUGUGCGAAAGUUCAGUUUUAGCAUCUUAAGAGUUCUCUUCCUAUGGCUCCAUUUCUGGGACUGACGCCAUUGCCUUUAGGUCCUUCACCUCUAAGUUGUGCUUGACACAGGGAUUUGUAGCAGGGCAGCGUUGACCCACUUAAUAUAAUCAGCAGUCAUUGCUUGCAAACAUCUGAAACUUCUUUUGCUAAAUUAGGAACUAAGUAGAAAUUUUAUGGAUUCAUUUUCCCUAGUAAUUUCAGCAGCACUGAUAUAGGUAAUUUACACUAGUGUGACUGACUUCUUGGCAUUUCACACUCUGGAUUUUAAGUACUUGUGAAUAGGAUGUAUUUAUCAACUGCGUGCAUGCAGUAAUGGCUUUGAUGUGUUAAGUUUUGCAUUUAGAUUUGAUUUUAUCCUUUUAAACAUUUUAUGGAGGACAGUGGGAUGAGAGGAUCAUUUCCACCUCUGGCACUGGCAUUGCUUGGGCAUCACUUUAUUCAUUUGCGGAGCAUCUUUGCUGGUAGCCGUACGAAGACAAAGACUCCUAUCUUCUACAUCUAGGCACUCUUCCUUUGUGCACUUUCUUUUUGUUUAGAAACCAGUCUGUCCUUUCCUGAAAUGACUGUACAUUUUCAUACAUUUUUAUUCCACUAAAUCCAGCUUUGGUUAUUACUUUAAACAUUUCUGCCCACUCCACAAGGAUCUUUCCUUUGAAAAUUUUAACCAUUGCCUUGGCAGCAUAGCAAAGAUCAGUCAAGUAGCUCUCAUCUUUUAACUAUAAUCUUUAACGGUUUCUGGAGGGUGUAGUAAUACAGUAAACUCUCAGUUAACUGGCACCCAUAGGGAUUGGUAGAUGCUGGAUAACUGUAGUUUCUGGUUGUUUGAGAGUUACUAUUAAAUAUAGACCUGACUAAUUAUAGUACCUUACAUUAUUUAUUUAGUUUGACUUGGUUCUCAAGUUGGGGAGAGAGGGCAUCUGUUCCCGUCUUCCUUUAUUAAAACUCUAAAAACGUAAGGUAUGUUUCUGCAAGAGGAAAACAAAGUGCAACAUAUGAAAAUUAUAAUGCAUUUCUUCGAUAUUUUUGCCGGUUGCUUGAGUUCUGGUUCUGAGAGUUUACUGUAGUUGCUUAAAAUGCAGAGUUCUGGAUGAUUAAAUCUAUUUUUCAAUGGGUUGAAUUUGUAUCCUGAACUGGAAGCUGCCCCAGCCAGUAAAAUGUCAUUUUCUGUAAGGUAUUUGAUUUCAAACUUAGUUUAGUGUUAGAUGUGGGAGAAAAUACAACCUCAAAAGGCUUCCACCUCCAAAUGGGAUCAAGUUUUCAGUACUUGUUUUAUUUAUUUAUUCAUUCAUUCAUUGUUAAGUGUAAAGUGCUGAUGCAUAUGGGCUGUUUUCAGGCCUAGUCCGGGGUACCAAUGCAGUACAACUUUAAGAAAGGAAGAACGUAGAUUAACAGCUAAUUGAGAUAAAUAUAAUAGUAAAAUUGUAAUAUAUAAAAUUCCAGAGGUGUUAGAUACUCAAGAAUGCCAAGCAAACUACUUGAGAGUUGAGCACAAGUGAAUUUAGGUGAAGGUGCACAGUAGAACAUUUUCGUGAAGUGAAUAUUAUUAGCAGUAGUGUAGCUAGGAGUGGGUGAGAAGGCAACUGCUCCAGCUGCAAUCAGCCAUUUUGGAUCUCUGUCUUAUGCAGUACCAGCUUUUAAAAGAUGGUAUUGCAUUUGUGGUCAAAAUUAAGCACUGUAGCGCCCUGUGUGUGGUCUACACUGUAGCAACUGCUCGCAAAAAAAAAAAUGAAACUUUCUGUUUGCGUUAUUAAUCUUUACUUUGUAUAUGGCAGUUGAGGCCAGAAUUAUUUGCCUUCCACUUACCGUAAGAACUGUAUUGUUUGUUUUUUGAUUAACUUUAGUUUAUUUUUUAUUUUCUGAAAACUUCUAGGCUAAUUAAAUUAACAUCUUAAUUUUCCUUUUUUUGUCUGUAUAUUUGCAGGGUUUGUGGGAAAUCCAUUGUAAGCAAACUUCCUCAAACUAUCAAAAUUAACUUUCAAGUAUGGAAUUAUUGAAAAAGCUUCCACUGUUUUUGCAAGUUUCAAGCCCCCUGCAUCCCUACUUGGGGGACUGCAUUUCCCCACCCCCACUAACUUAAAUGUACUAACUCCAGGAUCACACAAUACCAGGUAAAAGUGAAAAAUGCUUUACCCUGGCCUUGUCUGAUCUUGACGCUAUUGGCAGUCUUCUGAUGCAUCGUCUGUGUACAUGUUGUUCAAUCACCUGAAUGUAAAUAACAUGCACUCAGAAUGCACUUCAUUCACCUAGCCAUAUACCCAUUUACAGUUUUAUUUAAUUUGAAAUUUCCCUAUCUAUUGAUUUCACCUUUCCAAUUUACUUUUAUCUUCUAUCCAGUCAUUUUUCUAUAUUUAGAGUUUGAUGUGGAAUUCAAGCUAUAAUGUAAUCUGUUGUUUUGUACACAGAUUCUUAAUUGAAAUGUUGACAUUUUUUUUUAUUGUGAGUUUGAGGUGUUAUAUGUUUUAAUGUUUAGCCUAGAGACACAUUUGCAUUUAUUACUAAUGUAUUUGUAUAUUAUUUAAAUUAGCUGUCAUAAUUAUUCCCCCCAACUGCACCUAUUGAUCAUCGUGCCACUUCUGUCAACCAUACCCAUUCCUCCUCCCCAUCCUGGUAUUCCUGUGUGAGGGUUGAGAGCUGGCUAAGGGACAUUGUCAUACAAAACUUUCAGAGGGUUUAUGGCCUUCACUGGCAUCUUAGAAAUGAGGGUGCAUUUAUUUUAGGUCUAACUCCUCCCCUAUGUAAGGGGGGGUGACCAUUGCAAUCACAGGGGCUACACUGCCACCCCCAGUGAGAGCGCUGUGGACACAUGUUCCCAUUUACUCAAGGGCUACUACUGAAGUGGAUUGGUGGUCAAGCAACCUGCCCUGGGUCAGUCUACAGGUGCCCUCAUCCUCUGAGGGAUUGUAGCAUUGGACUGUUUUGGCCACCCACCCCCACUUCAGGAUGGGUAUGUCCAUCCUCGUGUGCCAGUUCUAAGUGACUAAGCUGCUAGUUGAUCUCCUGGCACCUGGGUUAUAGUCAGGUCUUAGUCUCUGUACACCACCAGAACUGGUUAUCCUAAAAUAUCAUAAAGGUGGAUGUAUACGUCAGCUGCUUUUUUCCCCAACUUUUGCUUUUUUGACUUUUGUAAAAUGCUUUGUGAAAGAGCACUGCAAUAAAAGCUGAGCCGGGUUCUUCCCCUUUGAGGUUUUCUUGAUUCUGUGAGUCAUAGUACAGAUUUAAGCUGAUACUAGUACAUUUCUUAACAAAUGUUUCAUCAAAUACCCUCUCCCUUUCCUUUUCUGGGUUACAGCAUUUGAGUUAAGCAGGGAUAAAUAUCCCAUUAAGGGACACUGCUAAUGUUAAUUUCUUGCCAACCAUGAUCUGUAGUGUAUGUCUGUAGACCUCUCCCUUUCUCUAUACUUUUUCUUAAUUUCCAAAAAGACCCUGGUCAACUAGACUCCUUUGUGUAGUACCUUAAAUCUGCUGGGAUGGAGGCCCAUGGGAAGUAUGCAAGACACUGCAGCUAAUGGGCUUUGUUCGCCUGAAUGCCUUAAAGAUUUGUAAAAAGAAAAAAGUCAGUGGAUCUUCAGAAACCAUAUCCUCGAAAUGCCUGUAUGCCCUUAAGGGACAUUUGCAUAUUACCAUGGGCCUCUAUCUUAAGAGGUUUAAGGUACUGCACAUUGUUGUCUCUGGUUUACUAGGAUCUUUUGGAUAUUUUUUCUUAUGAGAUUUUUUCUGAGACUUUUUAUUUUUGUUUUUAGUUUGUAGAUAAUUAGAUGAUCUGGUUGUGCAAGGCUACUACAGAGGUUUGGGGGGUAUUUAUUAUGCUGAUUCACAGAGAAAACAAUUCUGUUGUACAGGUUUAAACACUUUUGGCAGACAUAUAGGCCCUGUUUUGUGAGUAUUAUAUUUCAAGGCCAUCUUGGGACAUUCAGAGUUCUUUCUGGGACAGUUGUCUUUGUGAAAUUUUUUUUUUUGUGCUGUAAAUUAGAAUUUCCAUCUUCCCUCUGUUAAGAAAGGCGAGGCUUUCACUUUAAAGAUCGCAUUUAGGUUGUUUAAAUUAUGUAGGAUUAAAUCUUGUCUCCCUGCUUGGAAGUCUUUUAUAAAAGUGAUAUAGUACUGCAGGAACACUUUUGAAAUUAAACUAGUAUUGUUACUUAUACUCAAGUUCCUGCCUUUGAGCUGUGCCCACACAAAU